GAAUCCCCGAAGGGGUUUCUGAAGGAGUGGUGGAAUUUUUUCUAUGAUACAUACAUGUUUCAUAACGUGACCAAGAAUCCAAUACUGAGGUGUUGCCUAAACUUUUCCAAGUUAAGUUCAUCUAUUUCAAAGAAUAUUAUAAUCUAAAUGCAUGGUUUUUUUGAACUCUCAGGCAGCACACACUAUUGACAAUGUUGUAUCUAAUAUCCCCUCCGCUCUGCCAGCACUUUCUCCUCAUUCUACCAUGCUAUCGUUUGAGAACAAUAUAUCACCUAUGGUGCCGGCCUUCCACCUGAUGACACCUGACUAUGAGUUGAUGUAUGAUUUAAGCUUUGUUGAUAUGCAUCAUCCAACUCAGCUAGUGCCAUUUGAAACUAAUUUUAGCUACCCGAUGGAGCUGAUACCAGAUAUGCCUCAACAAUGGGAGGCAAGAGAUGAAGGAGAGGGGCUUGGUAUUUUCACCGAUCAAACUAUGUAGAUGGAACCAAAUUUCUCCGAUGCUCUUGCUACGGCUAUGCUUCCGAUGCCAAA